AUGAAGGGAACCUCUAGCUCUGAGGCAAGGAAGGAGAACAAGAGUAGACUAAAUCUUACAAAGAACCAGAAGAACAAAACCGGUCUGAAACAUGAUUCUCGUCAUGGAGUUAACAACAAGCCGAGUUCGAGGAUCGUUAGGGGUUUGACAAAGGCUCCAAGAUUCAAGAGAUGCGCACAAAGAGCUACUUGUUCCUCUACUCUUAAGGAUUCAAAUCUUCCAGAUUAUCUGAUGCUUCAUCAUGGUGGAACUGAUGAUCAAGUUAGUGGAACUUCUGUCCUGAAAGUAUGUCCUUACACGUAUUCUUCACUCAACGGCCAUCUUCACAAGAAGUAUCCUCCUCUGAAAAGCUUAAACGACGGUUGA